AUUAGAAAAAAAGAGAAAGGGAAGAGAGAAAGGUGUUUUUUUCUUUUAAUUUUAAUGAAAAAACAUAAGAGAUGGUACUGUAGAAUAGUGUGUCUUUGAUGCCUCACGUUGUUUGUGCUUUUUGCAGGGUGAGACUUUUUCUCCAGAGGGAUUUUAGUGCAAGUGUGAUGUCUGUCUACACUUGAAAAGUUGUCUUGUGUGGAAACAAAUUCGGAAAGAGAAAGAAAGCCACUUUUUUGUUUAUUUUUCUUUUUCUCUUUGUAAAAUAUUUGAUUUUCUUUUUUCCUCUGCUUCCUUCUAUGUAAUGGGUGUUGGAGGAGCUUAGUUUCAAAGUGUGCAACACAAUCACCAUCAACAUGUCUCAGACAGAGAAGGAUCCGGGUAUCAGGCUAUUUGGCAGGAAGAUUCCGGUGCCGGAAUGUCAGAUUCCGGCCAACUCUGGACCCACGGAUGCUUUGAGCAGCAUAAAAAAGGAGGAGGAACUGGGAAGACCCAGUGAAUGUGGAGAAAACUCUGAAAAACAAGAAAAAUCAUCUGAUUCAAGAGAUAGUAAACAAGAGUUAGAGCAUAAAGUGCAGGAAAAUGAGCCAAUAGUAAAUCCCAAACCCGCGGAAGAUAACACGGAGAAUGGUGGCUCAGACCAAGAUAAAGUCUUAAAGAAACCAGACAAGAUUCUUCGGUGUCCACGAUGUAACAGUUUGGACACCAAGUUUUGUUAUUUUAACAACUACAACGUUAACCAACCUAGGCAUUUCUGCAAGAACUGUCAAAGGUAUUGGACUGCUGGUGGAACAAUGAGAAAUGUUCCCAUAGGUGCUGGGAGACGGAAGAACAAACACCUAGCUUCUCAAUACCGACACAUUAUAGUAUCCUCUAAUGGAAUUCCUGCCUCCAGACUAGAAACUGAGGAAGCAUCUGGUUUCCAACAUGUCACAAAUCUUGAAUCCUCGGUUCCUUUCAGGUCUUCAGCAGAUAGCAGCACUGUUUUGAAAUUUGGGCCAGAUACCACUCUUUGUGAAUCAAUGGAUUCAAUGCUUAAUCUUAGAGACGAGAGAAGAUGUGUUGAUGCAAGUUCUAUAAACCGUGCAGAGUAUGUUGGGGAACCAUCUUUAUGUGGGUCUUCUGUGACGAACAACAGUACUCAGGGAAAUGAAUUAUCAGAACACAAGACAUCAAAUUGGUUACAAUGCUACCCUGUUCCUCCAUGGGUGUUAACUUAUCCGGGUUGGAAUAAUGUGAGUUCCGUGGAAGCAGUUCAUCAGUCUUCAGCACCAAUGUGUAGUCCAUACAACACUGGUCCUGCAGCAAUGCAAUGGUGUCCCACAGCAAUGGUGGCAAUUCCUGGCAUGUGUCCACCCAGCAUUCCUUUUCAGGUUGUUCCACCAUCAUGCUGGAGUGGAACACCUCAUUGGAAUGCUGGAACUGGGUCAGUGUCCAUAGGAUCCAAUGCUUGUCUUUCGCCAUCGUCCUCCACCAGUAACAGUUGCUGCUCAGGCAAUGGCUCCCCAACCCUUGGAAAACAUGCAAGAGACACUGUUUUUGCUGAUGAAGAGAAAUCAGAGAAGUGUGUUUUGGUUCCAAAGACCAUCAGAACCGAUGCCUCUAACGAGGCCUCAAAAUGUCCUAUAAGGGCUGCAUUAAGCAUCAAGCCUGAUCAACAGAAGAAAAUUGAACCAAAAGAAGGCAAAGAUCGUGUGUUGGGUGCCUCUCAAAUCUUGGAAGCCAAUCCAGCAGCUAUUUCUCGUGCUCAUGCAUUUCAGGAGAGCAUAUAGUGAUUUUCUAGUUUCAAGUUUCUUCCAAUUGCUAUUCUUUUGGUCAAAUAAGCUAGUACAUAUUACUGGCUUUUGUUUCACUUGCAGAAAUCUAAUUUGCAGAUAGCAUUAUUGUGUAACUUUCAAUGGUGUACUUAAUCUAUAUUGAAAUAUAUUCACUGAUAA